UGCAGCUUUGCAGGUCUAAUACUACCUGGACACGGAAGUCCUCGGAAUUCUCGAUCGGACUUAUACUACACCCUCGAUUGAAGCGAUGAGCAGUUUCCCAUCACGAGAGGAUAAGUCACUCAAAAAGAAGUGCUACUUUCCACCGGAUGUUUAUAAUCAGCGCGAAGAACAGAAAGAGGACCUUAUGACGGAGGAUUUUGUACGGGAUGGUUUUAAGUACAUGAAACCCGUUCGUGAUGAAUACGAUUCUUGUAAAAAAGAAAGUAAAUUUAUCAGCUCGGAAGCAGUUUGGAAGUUUCAUCACGACGUUCUGACCCGCAAGCACUCAUUUACUGGCGCUUUCGAUUUGCGAAAGAAGCAUUCGGGCCUCAGGGAUUCCAUAGUACCCAUCACUGACAGCAAUAAAAUUCAAGUUGGUGACUGGUUUAGAGAACUUGCCGGUGCGACACCUUUGCAUAAGUUGGGAAGACGUGUUCCUUAUUCUAAGGACAAAGAAGAAAUCUUAAAUGAGCUGUUAUCUAAUAGAGUCCCGAUAUCUCGUGCUGUUUGGCUGGUCAAUAUGAGCGUUGUUAACACCACUGCUCAUGCUGAGACUACCAAGCGAAAAUCGCGUUCUCCCUUUGAUCCGACGAGCGACUGGACUAGUACUGUUUGUCGUAUGCUGAAAAGGAUACUGGAAUCAAUAAAUACCGAACGUCAAGAUAUACCUUCGGACGGAGAUUGGGAGUACCUAUUUUCCUUCCUUAUCGCUCUGUACGACGCGGAUUUGGCCGACCAUUGGGAGGUGCUGGUGUGGCUUGUUAAGCGAGCCGAAAGUCUCUGGAGACCUACCGUACCUCAAGAAAGUUCUAAUCAGAUCUGUUUGAUUUCGACGGAAGAAUCACCAGAACCAGACUUAUUGAAUACCAUUAAUUUCUUUCUUUAUUAUCUCCUGGAGUUUGGUAGAAGGUUUACAGAAAAUGAGUUGAUUACCCGUCGGCUACUGUUUUGGUGCUGCAGUGUAUUUUCGCACAUAUCUCCGUCAAUUGGACGCUGUCGUCCAGCUAAGUCUCGCUGCGAACUACGGAUAAUCCUUGACGAAUAUUUGGCCGCAUGCGCCUGUCCAUUACAUCGGUCAAUUUUAGUCUCACUCAGCAGCCUCAUAUGCUGCCUCGUCUUGAAAUCCCCGUCAGCUGCUGUUUGGAAUAUUAUCCCAUUCGAAACGGAUCACGCCUAUCUCAACGGGUCACCACUCGAAUUCAUUCCUUACUCUCUUUCGUUGCUACCUACUUCUGCUUGUGUGCGGAGCUGCCUCCUUGAUGUUGAGGAAACCAUCAUCGAACGCGGUAAACUAGCUGAGUCAGGCUGGAAUUCUCAUGCCGCAUCCACUUUCAAUGGCGACGAAAUGAACUGUCUCGUCAACGUACUAGACAUCUUGGACCGUCAGGAUUACCACACAGUGCGUGAACAUAAUCCAGUGGAAUCCUUGUUCGACCGGAUUUUCAACGAUGAUUCAAUCAACAUUGAUACUGGGGCUAUUGUCCUUACGCUGUGCGAAUGGGCCGUUUCGACACACCGCGUGGGUUUAUAUCGUUCAAUCGUUGUGGCCUGCUUAUUGGAACAGCUGAGUAAUUCCUUCCAGUCCAAUCCUGUGCCGAUAAAGCUAUUUCAGGAUACGCUAGUCACCUUUCUGGAUAGCUUCGCUCCAAAUCUACCUCAGUUUACAAGCGAUCAAGCCCCUAUAGACAACGAAGCCAUGCGAAAUCUUGUAUGUCUUUUCUCCGAGUUGAUUGAUCGCGAGGUUUUCGAUCACGAUUGCUACGUCCGGUGCAUGAUCGCCCGAGGGAUAUUCAAUGCGAGCCUCCACCCCUUAUCCAUAGAGAACCCUACAUCAAAUAGCCACGUGGAAGCACCUGUUACCUCGUUGGGACGCCUUACGCCUACACUUUGUACACGUCCGACUACUGUGUCCAACUCCGCUUCAUUCACCAACGCGCCUAGCAAUUCGACCUUUCAGUUCUCUGUUGCAUCGGAAUUGUCAGAAGACAAUGAUCGUUGUAGCAUGGAUAAUCCCGACUCAGUACGCUCUGAGCUCGGCUGCACCCAGACGACAUCAAAUCUGAUAUCUAACAUGCAAAUUCCCUCCUCAACCGUGACUUCAACGAGUACCCGUUCCUCUCAUUUCCAUUAUCUGGCUCAGUUUCCUCUGCCUCAGGAUGAAGGCUACAUGCAUGAAGGUAACCAGCGUUAUCAACUUCUUUACGGUUCACUGCGUGCACGUGACAGGGCCAGGUGUCGUGUUAGACAAUUGGCUCGGGAUGUUGGAAAGUUAUUCACACGAAAAGUUUACUUGAUUGAUGUAGUACAUGGCGAAUUGUACAGGCGGCGCAAAGCAAAGGAACGUGAUCGCGAGAAGGAUACAUCCAGUGCAACAAACAUUCAACAUCUCGGUGGACACCGGCCCAGCGAAGACUCCCAUUCCAUAGACAAGCUUCAUGAAGAGAUUACGUCUAGAUUUAUCAACCUUUCUUAUCACGAUAUGGAAUGCGUUGUGUCCCAGUGCAUGCCUGUAUAUAACAAGAUGCUAUGUGGCUCUAACGGUGUGAACCCUACCAGUCUAUCUGGUGAUGACACUUCGCACUCCUGCUCCACCUCCGGCCCUAGCAACUUUCAACCUCAAGGUGGUUCUAUGGCGAACCCCCCAUCCACUGCUACUUUAUCUAGCCUCGCCCCACCCAUGACAACACCAUUACAUAUUUACAUGCCAGUCCCAAGUUCAAUCUUUCUGUUUUUUGAGCUCAUUGAAACUUCUCUAAAUAUCACUUGCCUACUCUCAACUAUCGUCGACACACUAGAACGCUUACAGACUUUGUUUGAACCUCGCACUCACUUCAUGACCCUGUAUAUGUCUUUCCUUUGUCUUCGUUCCAUUGGUAUUCUUCAGCGCUACCAGCCCAUCCUUUUCACCAUGAAUGAACUUUCCAGCCGCUUAUUCCCCACUCUCAUCGCUCAAGUUCGCCAGGUGAAGGAACCCACUCAAUGUGGCCCAUUCGAAAGGUGCAUCUUGGCCUAUUUGAACGACUUGUUCACUUCCAACUUUGUCAUUAAGUCUCGGUUCACUCCGAUUUAUGGCAAAGCCCAUCCGAAAGUUUCCGCUUUAUUUCGCUCUGUGGAGUCAUGUGAAGGUGUGGCCAGUUUCGACAGUGAGUAUGCAACAGACCUACUUGGAGCGACGGCGUCUGAUAACCUAGUUCUUUUCAGAUGUUAUUUGGAGGACUUAAGAAAUAACCCUAACUCUCGUUUCAGUUUCGUCUGUAAAUCAAUAGUUACCGUCUGUAGGGCAACAACGAGCGAACGAGUGAAUUAUCUCUGUGGCCUAUGUGCUGAACUGACAUCACAGUGCAGUGAACUGACUCCAGAAUGGCUUGGUUCCUUCUACGCCGUUCUCGCGCCCAGACCUUAUCUUCAUGGGUACAGUCAUAUUGUGCAGGAGCUGGAACCGAGUGAUUUAAAUAUUUACGAUGCCCUCAGUUCUCUCAUUGCUACGCUUUUGUCUCGACACUGCUUUACCAUUUGGGAUUUCUUGCGUCGCGUAAUCUGUCCCGCAAUGGCUCAGGGUCUUGGACAGCCCGUCGGCCCCCAACUACAACCCAGCAUUCGUUUGGCCUGUCACAUUCUUCAUAGACUCUUUACCGCUGAAUCUACAGUGAGCUCCCUGCAAGGCUCCUCUAAUGUGCUCACCCCUAAUCACGAACCCUUGGCUUCUUCAAAUGUUAGUACCGACCCAUGCACUGUUGCACCACCGUUUAGGAUCUCCGAACCUCUUUUGCUCACCGGUGCAUUGCAAAAAGUGACUCCGGAACUUCUUGUCGACGUGUUAAAGAUGCUGAUAGUUCACAGUGACAAGACUUCAGAAGGCCUUAUCCAUCAGAACACCGCAGGCAAUAUAUCGGCCGAAGAGCUGGACAGCGAUGACCUUACUGGCGAUGAUGAAGAGGAAGAUGCAGAUCGAGGCGAAUUGACUGAUGUGGAUUCGGAUUGCGAAAAUCUCCCCUCCGAUUGUGUGUCCGAGUCUACCCACCGCAAAAUAUCCAGCAAUUUCGGUCGAGUCGGUUCAAACGCAUGCAAACGAAAGCGCCGGCGCGUGGAUGGUCGACGAACCCACAACUUGGAGCAGCCUGUCGAUCCCGUCGUUCAGCGGUUUUUGGCUACCGGAGUUUUACCCACCGUAUGGGAAUUACGAAGCCUUCCAUUGAAUGUGUUGAUUCAACUUGUUCUUCGCGAAAUUUGCACUGUCCCGUGGGUUCGUGAAAGGUUUUACCGCAUACCUCCCGAAAGACUCAUUCGAGAGAACGUCCUGAUCGAUAAGAAUUUCUCUCCACACCAGGCCCGUCAUUUGCUGCAUAUCAUCUUUUUCCCCUUUGACACUUCAUGGACUGACACAUCGCAACUCGCAAGCGCAAUGUGUCAAAUUCUCAGCCAUUUAGACCUCUGGACACUUAGGUGUUCGCAGAUGAAAUUUCAGCUUCUAUAUGCACAGAUUACUUUUCCACAACAAUCCGAUGUUCUUGGAUGCGUUGGUCAAUCGAUCGUUCGCGGAUUUCAGACUCAGGCUGUUACUUGGUUGAGCGGUAACGCUUCCGGUUUUUCGGCUGAUGGCUGCACUGGGCUCAUAGGUGGAUUGCCUCAUUACGAAAUAGAUGAAAACGAUCCGGUUUGGCUGCUGCCCUCAUUGGUUGCUGAGCUUCCGAAAUCUGUCAAGGUACAAAUUGUUAAAGCCACUUUGGAGACCCUCAAAGGUAUCCGACAUUUUUGGAAACACAAAAACGAUGAGGAUAAGGAGAGUGUACUACUUCAAAACUCUGUCAUAUUGGCGCAUCCGGCCUUCUUCUCACUCCUUCGGAUUUGCGUGGCUGAAGCUGAUCCUCUGGAUUCUUUGUACGAACAAAUUGAUUACUUUGUCGAAAACGCCCGCGAGACAGAGGACCGAGUUCCAGACAACUUGCGUACUCGUCAGGUAGGACAAGAAUGUUUGAGACUCCGGUUAGCCCUCGUCGGGCAACGUUUUCGAGCAUUGCAGACAGAUUUAGAAGCCUCUUUACGCUGGGCGCUUCUGCUAACCCAGUUGAUAAGCCACGGAGUCACUGAACCAGAAUCCAGUGGCACAUUGUUCACUACAGUGUAUGAUAUGCUUCAGGUUCUGGUUCAUACGUUAGCAGCUAAGUCGGAUCUCGAGGGAAAGCAUUACCAGAAUUUUGUGAAACGAGUUCGUCGUGAAUUAUCUGAGAGACCUCCAAGCCAUGGGAUUGAGCAGAUUAAGCCAUUGUUGCCCCCAUUGAAGAUAGCUUACACCGUGAUCGUAACGGGACGGACAUCACACCAGACGAGUAUUGCUGCCGCAGGCGCUGCUUCUGUGACCAGUGGAGUGGGCGCCGGCUCAACCAAAUCCGGUGGACCCGGGAAAGCGAGUAAUUCCAAGGGUCCUGGUAAAUCUGGAAAUGGUCAUCCAGGAUCCAGAGGUGGUUCUCACUCUAGUGGACCUCGUGGUCACGCGAAAAAGCGUGGAUUAACUGUUAUCGCCAAAGAACGUCUAGCGCCCUGGGAUGCCACAGAUCCUGCCAAACAAUCGGUGCUCCUGUCGAUGCACGGAGCGACCUACAUCGAAGCAGUUCCUUCACGAGUGGAAGAGCAAGCUAAUCGUUUAAUUAGACACGAUCAUUUUGUUUUGUUCCGUCGUUCACCAGAUUUUUACUUGACUCCGGUGUAUAUGGAGAGGGGUGAAAUUGCCGGUGGUAAAUCGCAAGCGCUGGACUCUUCUGUCACGCAAGCAACCAUGAUUGAUUCAAACGUGUCCAGCAAGGGCUCAGUUGUUUCUGCUUCUUGCGCACGUACUACUUCCGGUAAUCCAGCGGUUUUCAAUCUUCCCACGAGCAAUAUCAUGUAUACAACGGGCACUAGCUCAUCAAAUCCACUCAACUCUCGUAUCUACUCUGAUGGCUUGUGUAGACCUGAUAAAGCAACAAGUGAUUCAUUGGCGUACGAGGACCAACAGACAAACUUGCCCAUCGGUCAGGAGUUCGCUACAUCUGAUAACCUACGAGACGCUGAUGAUUCCCAUCCAAGCUCGUUCGAUCUCAGACAAACGCAGUCGUGCUAUCCCCCAGCUCUGUCGUCGUCUUCUACCACCUCCCAGUUAGGAAGAACUCAGAUCCCUGUCGUUCAAAGACAUCUCCAAGGUUCCCAGCAUUCAGCAUCUUCUUUUCAACAAGAUGGUGGGUACAACGGUGGUCCCCUACCUUCUUUGGAUCAUUCUCGCAGAAGACGGCCUGCUAACUUUGUCGAUCGAACAUACGACGGUAAUAUAGGAGCCGCGCUUCCACCGUUGCAAGCUGUGAAGGCAACACGCUUCACAAACAAGUAUCCAAGUGAUCACUUGAUCACAUCAGUGACAAAUUCCGACUUAGCAGGAUCAGGAGCAGCCCCAGCAACCAAGCGAAAACGAGGACCCAGCCGCCGUGGUUCUGCCCCAACUGAUCGUGGAAUGUCGGUAGCAGUUAGCCAACGAGUCAACGCCGCUACUGUUAUGACUCAAGACUCCUCUCUUCGCACCGAUAGUUCUUGUUCUCUCAAUUCAAAGGCACCUCCAGGCCAAAUGGUCGAUUAUCAGGCUUCUUCACUGCAACAUUCAGGCUCGGACUACACUCUUGACUCUUCCUCGCGCAGUGAUAGAGGUGGUGGGACCGUAUGGCACAAUAAGGUACCUUCCUAUGACAAGGGUAGCACAGACCCACACUAUGGUCGCAUCUCUACACCUAUGACGAGCGUCCGUGGUUUUAUUCGUAGUCGUGCUCAACAACAACAAAGGGCGUCUACGUCUGUUGUUCAACAGCGACAACAGGUUCACUCUUCGUAUUCCAAUGUUGUUGGUAACCAGACCGUUUUCCGUUCAUGCGAACCCCACGCUACCCAUGCUUUUGACACGGGAUACGAAACACUCAGCAACCAGCACUCUGAUGGUGGGUUAACAAUUGCAUAUCCAUCCUCAGUACGCAAUGCAAAUACUUAUGCAGUCGUCGGGGAUGCUCAAUCUAGGGGUCUCGGUUCACAUCUCGCGGAUUCAUUGCCGCACAGUAAUAGGCAACUAAGUACGGGACCGGGAGUUCAGCGUUAUGUGCCCCAACUGUCUUUGCAAAGGAAUCCUGCGGGAAUGCAUCCGUGUACCUCAUCACACCAAACUAAGCAACAGGUCGUUCCUAAUCCUCCUCCAUACCCGAUUGCUCAGCACCCCAAUGACCCUAUCGCUGGUCACGCGCACCAGCAGCAUACCUUCCAGCUUGACUCCAACGAGGGUUUUGUUUCCACUGGGGAUAACACAAGAGAGGAGUUGUUCACUCGAAUAGGCGGAUCUACGGCCUCAUCCACCCUUCCGGUUUCUCGUCCUGUGCACCACCAUCCCUCUCAUCAAAAUCUACCGCAGCAGAAUGUUCAGCCGAUUCCUCAUGUUCAACCACAACAGCGAUUAGCCCCUGACCAUAUGCCGGUGCAGCUGAUGCACCAACAACCAACUCCCACUGCUUACCAGGGAAUGCCAACUUCUGACCAUCAUCCGCAUGUGCCACCGAAUCCCCAGACUGCUACUCAGCUACCGCAGUUCUCACGGCUUCACCAAUACUGGAGCUGAUACACCGAUUCGGAAUACAAUGUCUUCUAGUCAACAGUUUGCUUUUCAUCACCAUGUUUAUUUGCGCGUUUCUGUGCAUCUAUUAUUGACGAGUAGCAAAGAUGUAUAUGUGUACCAUUUCCCUUUUCUUUAGAACCCCUUUUGACACAUUCAGAUGAUCCUUGGGCUCGCCAGCAACUUGUAUCUUCUUUCUUCGCCAAAUGAGUAACGGGUAUACUUGGUACCGCCCUGCUGUGCCUUUUUGACAUUUCAUUUCUAUUACCACCUGACCGCUGACUUUUCAAUUGGAUGAGAUACUUUUUGCACGCUAUAUAUA